AUGGGUCUAAUCGACAAGCUCCAAGCGAAACUCGAGAUCUACCGACUCGAGCAGCGCUACGCCCGCCGCAAGCACCGCAGCACCUUUUCCACGGGCGCGCUCUAUGUCGACGGCGAGUACGUCUACGCCCACGGCUCCGGUGGCACCAACUCGCCUGCAAGUCCCGCUUCUAAGCACUCGACCGGCAGCUGGCGGCCAUCUGGAUGGGGCUCGCAGAAUCGUGCUGGCGGGCAUGAGUGA